AUGCUGGGAAGCUUAUUGAAGCAGCUCGUCCAACGUCGUUCUGCUCUCCCAGACGACGUACGCGGCCUUUAUGACAAGCACAUCAGGAGGCAGACGCAUCCCACGCUGGAUGAGCUCUCCCUGCUGCUCGUGCAAGAGGCGUCAGCGUACUCGCUCGUCUUCGUCGUGAUAGACGCUCUCGAUGAGUGUCCCGAACGCGGCAACAAAAGAGCCAGCCUGCUCAAGGAGGUCCAUAAGUUACCACACAAUGCACGAAUUCUGGUGACCUCUAGAUACUCUUCAACCAUCCAAGAGACAUUUGGGAAUGUCCCGCAAAUUGAGAUAAGGGCAACCGAUCAUGACAUCAAACAAUAUGUCGAGACUCGCAUUGGAAAGGAGACAUCGCUGGCAAAGCACUGCCGUGCGAGCCCUGCGCUCGCGGAGGAAAUCACCGAGACCAUUGUUCAGAACAGUCGAGGAAUGUUUCUCCUUGCCCAGCUGCACAUGGACAGUCUGGCAAAGAAGCUCACGCGCCGCGAAGUCCGCACAGCCUUGGGCAGCCUGCCCAAGGAACUUGACGAGACCUAUGAUCAGGCCAUGCAGCGGAUACAGAACCAAGACGAGGGCCAAGCAGCCCUAGCCCACAGAGUGCUCUAUUGGAUUUCCUAUUCGCUCCGACCACUCACUGUUGCCGAACUACAGCACGCCCUGGCCGUUGAACCGGGCGACGAUGACCUCGAAGAAGAUGGUCUCCAUGAAACGGAAUUCAUGGUCUCAGUAUGCGCCGGCCUAGUAACCGUUGACAGGGAAAGCGACCAGAUCCGCUUAGUGCACUACACCACUCAGAGUUACCUUGAGCGGACCCGUACCGCGCGCUUUCCCGAAGCACGUUCAACGAUCGCCAAGACCUGCCUGGCAUAUCUGCUAUUUCGGCCAUUUGCUGAGAGAUACUGCUUGAGAAAGGCAGAACUAUAUACCCGUCUUCGAAAUUAUCCGUUCUUGAGGUAUGCUGCCAGCCACUGGGGAGAUCACGUACGCGACGAACUGGGCAACGAUGUCCGCGACCGACAAGAAGAGGACAGGGAUGAGCUAUCUCCAGUGGGACCCCAAUAA